UUUUGUUUACUUGAAUAAUUUAUAAAGGCAUCGUAACCACUACUCAUUACAAGAGACAGAGAGAGAGAGCAAAGCCUCAUCAUUCCUCACCAUCACCAAUGGGGACUCACCUUUCGAAACAGCUCGAGCGUCGUAAAGCCAUCUCCACCGAGAAAAAAGCCCUCGCCGAUCUCCAGCAAUCCUGCGGCUGCGAGUUUCCCGGCUGCGACUACACCCCCUCCGAUCGCAAAGCCUGGAUGGCCGGCGUGGGACCCGACAAGCUCCACAUCAACAAGAUCGUCUGGCCAGGGACUCACGACUCCGCCACCAACAAGAUCGGGAUCCGCUUCGUGUCCCGUCCCUUCGCGCAGUGCCAGUCUCUCUCCAUCUACAACCAGCUAGUCGCCGGCACUCGAGUCCUCGACAUCCGCGUCCAGGAAGACCGCCGUGUGUGCCACGGAAUCCUCAAAACCUACAGCGUCGACGUCGUUUUAGCCGACCUCAAACGGUUUCUCUCGGAGACGGAGUCGGAGAUCGUCAUCCUCGAGAUCAGAACGGAGUUCGGACACGAGGAUCCCCCGGAGUUCGAUAAGUACCUCGUGGAGCAGCUCGGCGACCACCUGAUCCACCAGGACGAUGGCGUGUUCGGCAAGACAGUCGCCGAGCUGCUUCCCAAGAGGGUGAUAUGCGUUUGGAAACCGAGGAAAUCACCUCAACCAAAGCGCGGCGAUCCGCUGUGGAGCGCGGGGUACUUGAAAGACAACUGGAUCGAUACCGAUCUUCCUUCGACGAAAUUCGAGAGCAAUUUGAAGCAUUUGAGCCAGCAGCAGCCGGCUGCUUCGAGGAAGUUUUUCUACAGGGUGGAGAACACUGUCACUCCGCAGCCUGAUAACCCGAUAUUGUGUGUUAAACCGGUCACUAACCGGAUUCAUUGUUAUGCCAAGGUGUUUAUUAUUGAGUGUGUGAAGAGAGGAUGUGCUGACAAACUGCAGAUCUUCUCCACGGAUUUUAUUGAUAAGGAUUUUGUUGAUGCCUGUGUUGGCCUCACUUUUGCGAGGGCUGAGGGGAAGGCUUGAGGUUUAUAUGAGUGGAAUUCGAGUAGAGACAUUGUUUGUAUAUUUGUAUGGAAACAUGUCAGUGUGUGUGUGUGUAUUUGAGGCUGUAUAUUCAUCAUAUUCAAUUAUUCAUUACUGAAUACAGUUAUGUACAUUUUGGAGA